AUGAAGAAAUAUAUUCAGAAGGCGAUCAAUUUCGGGGUGGAGUCGGGCUAUCUGAUUCCAAAAGACACGGCGUACAAGGUUCUCCAGGUGUCAUCGGAUCUAAUGAACGAUAGUAGUUACAUAAACAAAGGUCGCGACGUUUCACAAGUUAGGGAUAGAAGUCCACGUCAUACGCCCAUUAGGUUCGAAGAUUACGAGGUGCAGGAUGCUAGAAGGCGACGAAGAAGGAAAGGUCGAAGAAGAAGAAGGAGCAGAAGACGAAGAAGGUCGAGGAGUGGAUCCAGGAGACGAAGAAGAUCGCAUAGAAGGAGGCGCGGAAGGAGGCGUGAUGGGACCGAUGGAGAAGAGGUAGUCGAAAACGAAGAUGAUUACGAGUUCAAUAAUCAGAAUGAAAAAAGGAAGAGUCCGGAGACUGUGAACAGAAACGAUGAAAACGAACGAAUGAAUCAGUCUGACGAGGAGAAGACGAUAGAUAAGAAGGAGGACGAUGGGUCGGAUCUGUCCAUCGACGAGGACGAGACCGAGGACGAGGACGAAAAGAAGAGGGAGGAUACGAAUAAAUAA